CCGCGAAAUAAACAAACAAACAAAUUACGCCUCAUCAAUCAUAUGCUCACUUUAAAGUUCGUUAUACAUACAAACUAUGUAAAUAUGCAAAGAGGGAUGCGGUAGGAGAUGGAUGGUCGGAAGGCUACAUAGGCAUAUGCACUUUGUAUAAAUCACGUAGGCAAAGUCGACUGGUGCCAAAAAAAAAAAAAGAGAAAAGAAAAAAAAUAAAUAAAUAAUAAUAAUAAUAAUAACGUAAUGGAUGUACAUAUGUUUCUCUUUCUCAUAUUUGUAGCUGCACACAAUACAAUUACGAUUAAUUUCCGCAGAAAUUUACUGUUAACUCGAUAUAUGAAAUUGACGGGUGUAGCAUUGUUGCGGAAAAUGCACUAUGAAACGAUUUUCCGGUUUACAACCACUCAAAACGAAACCAGAAAGCAAAAAAUAAUAAAAUAAAAGAAAAUUAAUUACAUUAUAUUUCUUAUUCAUUUACUAUUUACAUAUCACAUAAUUGAUGUUAUUUGUGUGAUGGUACAUUCUUUAUAUUAAUUCAGCAAAAUGCUUAAUUGAAAAUGAACUCCGUGCAAGAAAGGAGGUGAUUGCUUUACCAAGGGCCCAAAAAUCAAUUGACUUUCCGUUAUUAACAUCGACCUUGAUCAAGACCUUUUUACUUGUCCAUGUUUUGAAACUUGAUGUCUUAUCUUGGAAUAUAUCAAAGAAAUGAACGAGAUCUGGAGUUCCGCAGUCGUAAAAAUCAAAUUCCAAAACUAACUGGUUAAUGUGAACUGAGGGAUUCGCCGUUGAUACAAAAGAAAAAAGCCGUUUCAACGAUAAAAUCGCAUUUAUCGAUUUUUAUUUCGUAAAUCUUUGAUUCGUUUGGCUUCCCAAUGAUUUACACGCUGCAGAUAACCCAUUUGCAUUAAAAAAUCGACAAACAAAUCGAGUAACGUUUAAGGGAAUUAUAACAUCACUUAAUUAUCUCUUAUAAUAGCUUUUAAGCGUUUUCGAGAAAGGCUUUUACAUUCAAUAUUCUAAAAAUACGCGAUAAUUGCAUUUCCUUAAAAAAAAAAGUUGAUCCCGAUUGGAAUGAAUGCAAGCUUCAAUUAAAUUCUAAGAAGAAACAAAUUUUUUUUAAUCUGUUUAACUCUUUUGUAAAGAGUUCAACAGUUGAUCCAAACUUUUUAAUUUUUUUAAUUUCGAUAUUUAAACUUUUGAGAGCAAUAAUCAAAAGGGCGAAUAGAUAGGCGGGCAAACGUAGUUAUCUGUAAUCAACCCCCGUACGUUUCUAUAAAAUCUAUUUGAAAUACAUAUUUAAACACGAUAUGCAAACACGAUUUUCAUUAUGCGUAUAAAACUUUUCUCGUUAUGAGUAUAAGAAUUAUUUGACCUGAAAUAUUUUUAAUGCAUUCCGAUACCUUGUAGAAUAGGUAUAUUACUGGCCACAGCCAGUCACAUUCUUCUGUCCACCGAUCGAAUGAUCAUUCCACUGGCUAAAGUCGGACGUGCGAUAUGAAGGCUUGCGUAGACGACUAAACUUAAUUUCAAACGUUUGAUUGGUCGUCUCGCUAAGAUAAGUAAGCUAUUAAGCAAAAUUGAUGUAAGAGUCGUCCUACAAAUUUCAAAAAUUUAAUUAUUAUUUACUUCUUACUAAAGAAUGUUGACAAAAUUGUGAAAUUUGCAGUUUGGCUUAAAAAUUCCCAAAAUCAACCCAAGUCGGUCUACCUACAUUUAAAAAAAAAAAAAAAAUCUAAUAAUUUUGCAAAUUUUUCUCUAACUUAAAACGAAAAAUAUUUAUUUAUUGGUUUUGAGAUUGAAAUAUCAUUGAUCAUAUGAUUUGUUAUAUACGCUGCAUAUGCUACAAUGCGUUACAUGAUUGACAUAUCGAAUGAACGGAUGUUCACUGUAUCUUUCAAUCGAAUAUAGCUUACAAAGUAGUAAUGGAUAUUAAAAGAGUAGAGAUAUAUAAAUACGAAUUUACACAGAGUUUACACAUAGAUGAAACUAACACCACGUGUAGCACGUGGACAUAUGUGACUAACGUUGCGCACCUCUGGCAACAAUUAUCAACAAUUUGCUUAACAUCAAGUUUUAUGCCAAAUAAAGAGCAUUCGGAUUAUGCCCUAACUUCCGUUGAAAGAUGGAUACGUUUUAAAAAUCCUAGGCGCACAAAUUCUCAUUGACUGAAUCGCCUUGGCAAAUGUGUGUUGGGAUCAGAAGAUUGUGACCUAUUAUUAGUAUUUGAAGUCUAUUGAAAUGAUUAAUACUAAACCCUACAUACAUUAAUUAGUUCGUUCAUUUGAAUCGUUCGCUAUUCAAAAACAAGCGAAAUAUCAAAAAAGUCAACGCAAAGUCAUUUUCUUUCUUUACUAACAUCCGAGUAUCCAUCUAUAGGUGAAAUCGGUUCGCAAUACGUUGAGAGCAUUCAACUGGGAAAUGCUAGUCCAUUCGGCUUACUCAGCAAAUCCGAAUCCAUCCGAUCAUCAUUUGCUUGCAUCGAAGGCGCGCACACACUUGCAAAGCAGCAUAGGAUGACCAGUUUGCCGCAAAGGAUCAGCAAUUUUCUGACGUGACAUCUACAGGCAGAUUAUCAGGCAGAUGGAAAUAUAGUGUCCGUAGUGAUGGACAAUGCUUCGAAUACCAUAUAUUUUAUAUAUUAUCAUUUUCAUACAGUCAACGUGUAUUUUGUAUACAACAAUUCCGGUCUCAUAUUUAUAUAACUAUGCAUUGCUUGCUUGCUCUGUUCCAAAGCUCUUUUGAAAAUCUAAGACAUAUUAAAUUGGCUGCUGCGAUUGCAGCACUCGGAAGUUUAAGCAAUUAUGCGAAUUUUUGAUUAGCAUAAUUGAAUUUAAUAAUUUAUUUAUAUAUUUUUGUUUAUCGUGAUUCAAAUUGGUCGUAAAUAUUUCAACCAAUUAUGAUAAUAGAGUGCAUAUAAAGUUCGUAGCACACAACUCAUUGGUAAAGAUUUAUAAUGAAAAUUCAAUACUAAACGAUCUGGGUUAAAGUUUUAAGCUUGGCAAAAGAUGGUAUUGAACCUAGCUAGAUCAGCUCCCGAAACUACCGACCGCUUUAAAUUUUCUGAUUAGUUCGGUUUAAGUACGACAUUGGUAGAGUAUGCGUGUUGAGCAGCACUGAUUUCAUAUUGCUUAGCAAGUUCGAUAUUGAGAUUUAAUUAUAUUAACAUUGUUUACGUUUUUACAAAGGACCAUGAACAGGUUAAGUUAACUUAAGUUAUGGACAAGAAAUUUCUCGAAGUACGAUUAGAGACAAGUUUAUCUUUCUUAAGAAAGUCAACGAAUCAAUGCUGCUAUUUAUUAAUUUAACUAGAAAGGAGACACCUAGGAGGAACCUUAGCUUCUCUAGUGAAAGACAAGCUAAUAAUAGCAAUCUAUUUUUCCCAUAAGGUGACAAGGAGACUAGCGGAUUCGAUUCGAAACUGCUUUGGGCAAAGAGUAUGAAUUGCUUGUGAUCUGAUUCUAUUGAAUUGAUGUAAAAACUGUACAAAGGAGGCCACAGUGCAGAGGAAUUUUCCAAAAUAAGUCUUACCAAACUCAUGUAUAAACUUUUAAUAACAUGUGCAUCGUCGAACUCUCUCGAUCAUCUUUUAAUAAUGGCGAGCUCAGUCCUAGCUAAAGGUCUUCCUAAAAAGUGCGUUACGAUUGAUCUGUCCUUAAAGAAGGCACUCCGAAAUGAAGAGAUGUGUAUGGAGAAAAUGGAUUCGUAUUUAAUGGAAAUUAAACAGUUGAGAAUACCGCGCCCAAAAUAUGGACCUAGUGGUAGCAGUCCGACACGUUAUCAUUUGGAUCGCCCCUAUACGCCACCGCGCGAUUAUAAUAUAAGCGGCAAUGAAAACAGCUUAAACAGUCACACGACCGCCUACCAAGAGGGUGGUGAAGACUUUCAGCCUUCAUCCCAUAACAAAUUCUAAUAUUCGCAAGAGAAAUUAUAAUUUAAAAAAAAAAAAAAAAAAAAAAAAAAAAAAAUAUUUCAUAGCUUUUAUGUAUCCUCUUUUUCCGUCUCUUUUUAAAUUAGCUUAAGAGUGCAUGUAUGUGUGUAUGUACUGUUUCCAGUAAAAUGCUUUAUAAUUUGUAAAUUCUUUAAGAAACAUUAAUUGUAUUUUGUUUUAUGAUCCCAAUACAUGAAUGUAAGAAAAUUGUUUAAAUUUUUUAUAAUACCUACCUACUAUCGUCGGUAUGUUUGUCGAAUGUUUGUAACGUAUUAAAAGAUAAUUUGAAUGCUCUGUAAAUAUUAUAUGUAUUUUUUACCAUAGCGUAAAUAGCAGACUUAAAAUUAAAAAUUCAUCAGACCAAUCAUACGCUUGUCGGUAAUUGUAUUAAAAUUAUGUUUACAUGAUUUGCAAAAUUUGAUUUAGAACACCACCAAACUUGAUCUAAAUGGGUUUCCCUUUGUUAGUAUCGGGCUCAAUCCAAUACAAAUAGUGAGUUGAAAAUUAGUAAGAAAAUUAUUCUAGUCUUUGGAAAAAUCUUAUAGGAAUUAUAUAAGAAUUGUGUUUUAUUUUGGUAAGCGAAGGGAUUGGAAAUGAGUGCUAGUUGGUCUAUUAAUAUCAUUUGCGCAUUUGAUAAUCAUUUAUAUAUAGAAAAGUCUAAAUCAAUAUCACAUAAAAUUUAAAUUAUCUGGUAACAUGUCAGUAAAUAAUCUCCGAAAUUGAUAUUAACAGAUAUUAUCUCGAACGUAGAAUCAAUGUUACUACGAAAACGGGUGUAUGCCCCCCCUCGCCGAAAUCGUGAACUCAAUGCAUACACUAAAGAUUUUUAAAGUUCUAUGUAAUGAAUUACGGAAAUAAAUCAUUAAAUAGACACCUGAAGAACAACCAUUGUUAUCAGUUACCGGGUACACUGUUUUGUUUUUAUCUUUAAACACCGUCCAUUUAAGUUUGUCGAAUCCUUUCCAUCCAAAACAAUUUGUUAUACCCUAUGCUAUUUCUAGUAAGGAGGUACAAAGUUUCCGUGGAUGGAUCAACAAACACCCAGGAAGACUUGGUAUUGGUCCAUAUUUUAUUACAAAGCUGAAGUGGAAAUUAAUUUUUAAAUCUCUUUAAGCCGUCCGUCUGCCUGUCUACUCGAUGUCGUGUUGUGUUUAGUGCACGCACAUGUUUUGGCCCAAGAAGAAAUGCUCUUGCAAAGUCAACCAACUCCUAUAUAUAUUUUUUAAUAUUUCUGGACAACAGCCAGUGAAAAUUAUAUAUUUUACCGUAUAAAUAGGGAAAUUUUUGAUAGUAUAGAGAGAAAUUUUUGAAUGUCGUCCUGCUACGUAAAGUUCCUUGUGAGGGAUAAUCUUUUUUAUAAAAGAACAAAUCCUGCUUUUUCGUAUUUCGCCAUAAUAAUUAGCCCAGACCGAUGAUUUCACCUAUAAAUGCGCUAUGAGAAAUUUUGACUACAUAGAUCUAUUUUUUUUUGGCUAUGAACGCCGUGUUUACCGCUCGAAUCAAAUUCAUUUUCAAACUAUUUGAUUUUGAAAAUAAUAGCAAUGCAAAGUUUUAACUUUUGAUUUCAAGUUUUACGACUUCCCCGGACGGGGUGGGCUUGGCUAAGUGAACUUGACUAUUAACAAUAAAUGAAUACCUUAUGAUGGCUUCCAAUGCGACGAAAUGUCAUAAUAUUCUAUCUAUUUUCGGGUAAUAGAUGUAAAAUGAAUUGACCUACUAGAGCUGCACUUGAAAAUUUGGGUAAUUCUUAUAAAUCAUAUAAUAAUACGUAAUUCACAAGCAAGUUUACUUGUAGGUGCAGGUGUUACUAUGUCUCUACAUCAUGUGUAACAAUGCUGGAUGCUGGAAAUCUUGGACAGAUGAUACCUUAAGAGAAACGCAUUUAAGUUUGGUGUCAUAUUUUCGGUCCGAACACACGUUGUCACAUAAACUGAGCCCGCAAUUAAAUUAACGUGAAUCUUCAAGAAGGGAAGCAAAGUAAAUCUUACCUUAAUUUUAAAUGUCAGGCAAAUAGAUUUAAAAUUAUGAUUUACUUUUGAUUGCAAUCAGAGAGAUAUAUGUUAUGCGUUACAAAAGUAUUGAUAAAAUAAAAAAGCCUAGUAACAGUACUGUAUUCGUGAUUGAUAAGGUGAAUGAGUGGGUGAAUCAGUGAGUGAGUAAGUGAGUAAGUGAGUAAGUGAGU